UGGCCCCGCCUGUUUCGCGGUGAUGUAGCGGCGCUUCCGGCGGGUACAUAGGGAGGGACGGCUCGGCCGGAGCUGCGUGUGAGCAGCCCUGAGGCUGUGGGUGCCCGCCGGCCCGCCAGCCCCGGCCUACCCGCCCGGCGCCCCCCGCCCGCAGGAUGUUCAAGAAAUUUGAUGAAAAGGACAAUGUAUCAAACUGUAUCCAGCUGAAGACUUCAGUUAUUAAAGGUAUCAAGAAUCAACUGAUAGACCAAUUUCCUGUUAUUGAACCAUGGCUAAACCAAAUCAUGCCAAAGAAAGAUCCAGUCAAAAUAGUAAGAUGUCAUGAACAUAUAGAAAUCCUCACUGUGAAUGGGGAGUUGCUGUUCUUCAGGCAAAGAGAAGGGAUUUUUUACCCGACACUAAGGUUGCUUCACAAAUACCCAUUUAUUCUCCCGCAUCAGCAGGUUGAUAAAGGUGCCAUUAAAUUUGUCCUGAGUGGAGCUAAUAUAAUGUGCCCUGGCCUGACAUCUCCUGGAGCAAAGCUUUACCCUGCUGCUGUUGACACUGUCGUUGCAAUAAUGGCAGAGGGAAAACAACAUGCAUUAUGUGUGGGAGUGAUGAAGAUGUCAGCUGAGGACAUUGAGAAGGUCAACAAAGGGAUUGGUAUUGAAAAUAUCCACUAUUUAAAUGAUGGCCUUUGGCAUAUGAAGACAUACAAGUGAAACAACAGGAACUGUUACUCCAAAGGAAUGCACUUAGAUUAAAUGUGGACUGCUUUGUAAUUCCUUGUUUUUAAUUUGACUGAACGUACGAAUUAUUUUGUUCUGUGGCUAUGCUAAAUAAAUCAAUUGAAUGCAAAAGUACUGUUAGGUUACAAUAAUUUUCUAGAUUUCUUUUUAUUACAGUUAUUUUGUUUUGUCUUAAAACUGAGUCUUCAGUGACUGAAGAUAUUUGAUGAAAGAUUCUGCAUGGACUGUGAGUAGACUGUUUCAAAUGGAAAGGAGGAAAAAGCCAAGAAAUGUUUACAUUUUUGUGCUGUUCUAAAAGUAAUAUAAAGUGUGUGUGAAAUAUAAAUAUGGUUUAUAAAACCUCUGAAGCAUUUCAGAUUUUUUCUUCUGGUUGACAUCUUGUUAGUCUACCUAGUUUCUUGAAUGUGGAGAAAUCAGGUUUUCUUAUUGUAAUAAGUUAGCCAAGACUCCAUUAUCUUCAUGCAGGAAAAGCCAAUUCUUUAUUAUCACAACUCAUACAGUUUUUACAGACCUUGUGUGCAACUUUAAUUGGUUAAUAGCUUUCUUUCCAAUUACUCUAUUGGUUAGUAAAAGAUAUUCUACUUGUCCAUCAAAUCUUUCUAUUCUUAGAUUGUUUACAUAUUUUCUUAUUCUCAUGGGACAAAUCCCUUGUUAUUGCAGGUGCAUUUGUUUUUCAACCCAGGAAUAGGUUGUUAUGCUAACGAGUUUUCAUACCAAGAUUGUUUUCACAUGGGAACUCUCAAAUUACUUAGAAGAAGUGACAGGCUAACUGGAAAUUUAGCAGAGCAAGCCUGAUUUUAUGAGACCUUUCUUUUAUAAUUCUUUUACCUGUCACGACAUUUUCUGACAUUAUUUUUUAACUUAUUAAGAACAUUAACUUCAUUUUACUUUAAGGAUUUUCUCUUUUUAUUAUGCAUUUAUCUGUAUAGGAUUUAUGAACUCAGACUGAUAUGUCGAUUAGAAAUUCUUUUAUGGUAGCUCAUAUCUGAAGACUCUAUGUAUGUUCAGAUUUCUACCUGCCAACACUUUGAUACUGCUCUCCUUCUAGUGGAGUUUCUAUUAAUGGUGGGCACACUACCAGUGAAGAGUGUGCCACCCUGGUCCCUGAUGCUCUCUACUCCCUGCAUGCCACCUUAUUUUAGGAGCAGAAACAAAAUCACUGUUAAAUAAAAGCAUGACAGCAAAACAUGUUUUUCAGUGUAGCCUGGAGCAACUUUUUCAGGCGGAACUUGAAGAGCUCUCAGCUUGUGCACACUGCCACAUGUCCCCAUACAGCUACAGAAUACGUUCAGGAACACUGUGUGUCUGACUGGAUAAUCCAGUCCUUUACUCAGCAUAUCCAAAGCUAUGCCUAUGGAAAAAUGGAAUACUGUAAUAAAUUAAGGAAACUUUUAAGGUCUACGACUCAUGUCUCUGGAAGCAUUUUAUUAAUAUUUUAAGUCUUUAUUCUAACACAUGCAUUUUACAACAGCAGAAUGUAACUUUGUGUGCCAGCACCUUGUCUUGAUGCUGUUCUGCAGGCUUGGUUUCCCCACCCUGGGACCUUUACAGACGAUGAUAGUGGAGGGUUAAAAAAUGAUUUCUGCAUGGCAAGCGGCUAACUGCAGGUGGUGGGGAGCUAGAAGACGCACAGCCUGAAACGUGAUGCAGCCUGGCCUUGGAACAAACGUCAGCUUACUGCAGCUAGCAUCAUACUAUUGUUUUAAUCUAAUCAGGUGUGACUCCAGCCCGGGAGAUAAUUGGGAAGCAUUCUCUUAACCAAAUCAAGUAUAACUCAGGGUAAAGUAUAGGUAUGAUUUGAGAUAGUAACUAAGGAUUAGGGGAGCCAGUAGCUAGGGGUGGGUGCUUGUAGUAGUGCAUUUUUACACACAAACAAGUGUUUCUAUAUAAGGGAAAGAGUUUCAGCUUACCUUGAAACAUAUAAGGAAGUUAAACUAGAAAUUUCUAUAGCCUUCUCACUGUAAUUGGUUCAGUGCCAGUACAGAGGCACUGAUUGGACUUUGGAAGUAUACCUCAAAGCCUGUUGCCAAUUUCAUUGGGCAAAGUGCCAAAUAGCCCACCUAGGUCAUUCAGCCUUUAAAAAAAGAGCACAAAAGAACUUAAGAGCUUUUUUGUAAUGCCUUAGCCAGUGCAAGUGUCUUCUACACUGUGUUUGCCUUGUAUUUUUUUGUUUUAUAAUGUUUAUAACUUUUGUUGUUAUUAAAACCUUUAUUUUACAAAGCAUGUCCAAAGAAGCUGUCUCGCUAUUCAUUUAGCCAUUUCUCCGCAAGGCUGGACCCUUGGAAAGUAUUGAGAUCUUUCAACAGGUGCUAGUUAACGUAUAUGUAACUUGAAAGUAUGAAAUCUCAAAGCAACUCUGUGUUCUGGGGCACAAGAUUUGGGCGUCCCACCGCCCCUGUGUCCCCGCGUGCUCUAAUAAAGAACCGCAUAUGAUCGCCAUUGUGUGGUUGUAUGUUUUCCUACGCUAACAUUUUGGCGACCCAGGACAGGACCUUGUGGGGGCAGCUAGGACCCCAUGACCCGAUCACGCUGCAGCCAACACUGGGUGAUUUUUCAGGGAGCCCAUCGGCGCCGCAACCCUCACUGCUCACAACGACCCCUGGUGAGAGGUAAGGUUCUUUAUUUUCUGGUCUGGGUGCCUACCAUUAAGACGCAGCAAAAGCUACGCUUGGUUGGUGUGAGAGUCGGAGCCCGAGGGUCCCUGGUUUUGCUUCACAACCUUCGUCAAGGUCCUCUGUCAAGGAAGGGACUGUGUGCAAGGGGCUCGGCCUAACCCACGGUGUGUGUGUAUACCAAGCAUUGCACUGCAGGUGUGACUACUGGACUGGAGCUGGCUCCCAUGGGAACUUGUACGAAGACAAUGGACGGCUGGACAGCCUGUGCUUACCUGCAACCGGGUCCAGACCUGCUUGUCCCAGACCUGCUUGAUCUAAGCGGUUGCACCUGGUUCCCAGAGCAACGGGGCUCCUCACAAUGACUUUCGGGUGCUCCCUCCUGAUCCUGCCCACGUUGGCCAGGUGCCCCCCGCUUCUGAAAUGACUAUAAAAGCUUCCCCCUGUGACUCACACUUCGAGAUCUCCCCACGGACAGAAGACGAAUCCAUUGGCCAGAUGCCACGCCACGAGGACGCCUCUGCCGUUGGUAGCUAUAUCCCCCUGCCCCCCUUUCCUCGCUCUGUAUCCUAUUUUUCCUUUCUCAUUCCCUCUAUGGCAAGUGUUGUUGGCACUCAAUAAAGGUGCAUUUGUUGUAUGAUUAAA